UUCCAGCUACUUUCUUUGUUUCAUUUGGUUUUCUUCCUUCUCACACUUCCCCCAAUUCCCAAACCAAACUCUGUCUUUUCUUCUCUGUACGGCACUCUCUCUUCCGGCGUUCUGGGGGUCGCAUCGCCGGCGAUUCCCCACUCUGCUUCUCUCUUCACCCUUCAAUUCAACCCUCUCGUCUUCGCUUCACUGAUUCCCUCUUCGAAAAUGCUUCCGAUCGCUUGCUAGGGUUUUCCUUCUCCCAAAUCUCCGUCUCCGAAAGAACCCUGUACCUUUUCUUCCUCCGAUUAAUCAACUUCCUAGUUAUGGCUAUUCGUGUAACUUUUUCCUUUUCGGGCUACGUCGCCCAGAGCCUCGCCUCCUCCGCCGGCGUGCGCGUCGCCAAUUCGCGAUGUGUCCAGGAAUGCUGGAUCCGCACGCGCCUCUUCGGGGGCGCCACCCAGAAGACGGAUCUAGAUUCCUCCGCCGGCGGCGGAGUCCGCAAUUUCGCCAGGCCCAACUGCUGGGCCCAGUCCACUUACUCGAGCCUCGCCGGGGAAUUUCUCGGCGACGGCUGCAGCAAGAGCCCAAUCAUCUUGGGCCUGAUUUCGAUCAUGAAGUCAACGGUGGGUGUGUCUGGGUCAUCCGCGGCGGCUGCGGGUAUUUUCGGUAUUUCGCCAUUUAAAACCACUUCGAUUAUUCCCUUCUUGCCAGGUUCGAAGUGGCUUCCUUGCAACGAGUCCGUUCCCGACCCCACCUCCUGGGAGGUCGACAAAGGUGGCACGCGACGCGUCGUUUCGGAAACAGAAUCGAAUUUUGCCAAGAUUAGUUGGCUUUCGCGGUUGAUGAACGUGUGUUCCGAAGACGCGAAGGCUGCGUUCACUGCUCUUACCGUUAGUUUACUCUUUAAAUCGUCCUUGGCUGAACCCAGAUCAAUUCCCUCCUCUUCUAUGUACCCUACUCUUGAAGUAGGUGACCGUGUUCUUACCGAGAAGGUUUCGUUCUUCUUUAGAAAGCCUGAUGUUUCGGAUAUAGUCAUUUUCAAAGCUCCUCCUUGGUUAGAGGAGUUUGGUUUUAGUUCGUCUGAUGUAUUUAUAAAGAGGAUUGUGGCUAAGGCUGGGGACACUGUUGAGGUGCGUGAUGGGAAACUACUGAUAAAUGGUGCUGCUGAAGAACAAGAAUUUGUAUUAGAGGCUCUAGCUUAUGAGAUGGAUCCAAUGGUUGUGCCAGAAGGAUAUGUGUUUGUAAUGGGCGACAAUCGGAAUAAAAGCUUUGAUUCUCAUAACUGGGGUCCCCUGCCGGUUGAGAACAUUGUUGGUAGGUCCAUGUUUCGGUACUGGCCUCCAUCCAAGGCAUCUGACACUGAUACCCAUCGUAAACUCCCACCUGGUAACAAACCUGUGGCAAUUUCUUGACAUGAUUCCCGCAGCUUUGUGAAGGUGAUGAAGGUUUCCAGAUACGGUCGUUUGUUCUAAAUUGUUAGCUUGAGCUGACUUUGCACACAGUUUGGGAUGAAUAUCUUAUUCAUUGAUACAAAUUUGUCGAUGACCUAAUAAUACCAUUAAGCGUUCAUUAGUGCCAUCUGAGAUGUAUUUCUAUUGCUGAAGUGCGGGGAGAAAAAAAAGAAUUAAAAAAGCAUGAUGAUUUUGCCCCCCCCCAAAAAAAAAAAUGAAACAUGAUGAUUUAUUUGUUUUGUAUUCUUUAAUGUAUGCAUAGCGUAUGAAUGCUAGAAACUGGAGGAAAGAUUUGACAUGGAGCUAAUUGACUCCCUGUGAGUUCCAUAAUCAAGCUUCCUCCCAUUUUGAAUCUGUCUGUAAUGCCAUUCAGUCAUACAUGAAAUUGUAUGGACUUGCCUAUUUUAAAAUAAUAAAGUAAGAAUGCAAUUUCACUCUUUCCA